AUGUCGUCUGAGAAAGAGAGCCUUGAUACCAUCCUUAUAUGGGUUUGUUUCCCAGGACUUGCUAUGCAUUAUUGGGGUGAACGGAGCUUAGGUAUGAUUGCUAGUAUAUUGGGAAACGUCAUUCGAGUAGACAAUGCUACCCUAAACAAAGAUAAGAUGCAAUAUGCUUGCGUCUUGGUGGAAAUGAACAUGAAAGGAGACUUCAAUGACACCCUAGCUUUCACAAAUGAGGAUGAUGAACUCGUACGAGUUAAGGUGGACUAUGAUUGGCGCCCUACGAUAUGUGGUAUAUGCAAACAAUUGGGUCACACAGAGAGUAGUAGUAGGAAAGAAGUGACAAGGCAAUGGGUCCCUAAACCAAAACUAACACCACAGGUGGACGAAGAGGGCUUCCAAAUGGUACAACCUAAAAGAGCCAAGAAGCAAAUUGUCAACACACCUAAGAUGUCACCCCCUGACCUAUAA